GUCUCUGGGGACUGGUGAACAAUGCGGGGACCGCCAUCCCCAGUGGUCCUAACGAGUGGCUGAACAAGGACGCAUUCAUGCGCAACUUCGGGGUGAAGGUCUGUGUGAUCGAGCCAGGCUACUUCAAGACAAUGAUCACCAACGUCGAGAACCUGGAGAAGCAUUUUCUUUCCACCUGGGAGAAGCUCCCGGAGGAAACCAAAGCAAGUUAUGGGGAGAAUUACUUGAAGGAGUUUUUGGUGACACUCAGGAAGAUGCAGAAGAGAUGCAACUCCAACCUGACGCUGGUCACAAACUGCAUGGAGCACGCGCUGACCAGCCGCUUCCCACGCACCCGCUACUCUGCGGGCUGGGACGCCAAGCUGCUCUACAUCCCCCUCAGCUACCUGCCGUCAGCCCUCACGGAUGUCAUACUGUCCUGGUCCCACCCCAAACCUGCCUGGAAAGCCUAA